AUGAGGGAGCGCGGCCGCCGGCGCGGCGGGGCCGUGGGGGCCAUGGCCGACGGCAACGCGGACUGGAUGGGCUCCCUGCCCGCGGCGCUGCGCGCCCUCCCGCUCUCCAACCUCGCCAUCCCGGGAUCACAUGAUUCUUUCAGCUACUGGGUUGAUGAGAAAUCUCCUGUGGGACCAGACCAAGCCACAGCCAUCAAACGUUUGGCCAGAAUUGCCUUGGUUAGAAGGAUCAUGAAGAAAUGGUCAGUGACUCAAAAUCUGACUUUCAAAGAGCAGUUGGAAGGUGGGAUCCGCUACUUUGAUCUUCGUGUAUCUUCCAAACCUGGGGAAAUAGGACAAGAGAUUUACUUCAUACAUGGCUUGUUUGGCAUCAGAGUAUGGGAUGGGCUGAAGGAGAUUAAUACCUUCCUUGAGCAGCACCCCAAGGAAGUAAUCUUCUUGGAUUUCAAUCACUUCUAUGCCAUGGAUGAUGGCCAUCACCACUUCUUGAUCAACAGGAUCCACUCAGCAUUUGAAUCCAAACUUUGUGCUGUUGAAUGUGUGGAAUAUGUGACGUUACAGUACAUGUGGGAGAAGAAACACCAGGUUCUCAUAUUUUACCACCACCCCUUGUAUCAGGAAUACCCCUUCCUGUGGCCAGGUAACAAAAUGCCAGCACCGUGGGCUAAUACAACCAACGUGCACAAACUGUUGCAGUUCCUGGAGACCACACUUGAGGAACGAAGUCGUUAUGGGACUUUUCAUGUUUCUCAAGCAAUCCUCACACCUCGAGUGAAAACUAUUGCACGGCAUCUCGUUCGUGGUCUGAAGAACACACUCGUUCAUAGGAACCUGCCCAUGAUUUUGAAUUGGGUGAAAGAACAAAAGCCUGGUGUUAUGGGUGUUAACAUAAUUACGUCGGACUUUGUGGAGCUGGUUGACUUUGCUGCUACAGUUAUUGCACUGAAUGACCUCCUUUUAGAAGAGGAUGAAUCUACAUCUAAAUCCUGAUUGCUGUAUCCUGCUUGUGCUCAUCAGUGGACAUCUUCGAACUAUGCUCAGUGUUUUACUUAUCAAGUGAAACCCAUUGUAGUCUCCAUUCAUUUAAAAAAAAAAAGGUGUCCUAGAGGAAACGUGGUUAGACAUCACGUACAGCCAGGUCCCUGCUGCUGGUGAUGUGUGGACCUGAGUGGAACAAAGUACUGUCUGAGUGCUGCUGCGUGUCUGUCUGUGUGAAGUGUUUGACUAAGUUAUGCACACAUCUGCUGCCGUCUGGUGCAGUCCCUGCCUGCCAACGAGAGGCUGGCCUCUGGAGCAGAUGUACCCGAUUGUGGGGCGCAUCUCCCUGGUGACUGGGCUCACCGUGCUCUUGUGUGUGCAUCCUGCUUGUUUCCCAUCACCACGGCUCACUCCAAGGAUUGCUGCUGAUCCCAUAGCAGUCUGGCCAGGCUGGCUGAGAUGGUAUUGUUCUUGGGCCACCUCAGGCAUAGCUGGGCCCAGCUGGGGGCUGCUGCUGUGUUCAUUAUGCUGUUUUAGACACUACCUCUGACUUACUUGAAGGGACAAUAUUGCCAUUGUUCAGGGGGAAGCUGUUAACACUGUUAAAUAUCCAAACUGUCCUUUGGGCCUGAGAGGUGAAGGCUUGUCCCACUCUUCCUCUUUGGAGUCCAAAUGCUUCUUCUGGACCUGUUUAUAUUACUUUAAUACUUCAAUACAUGUAUUGCAACCAUGUUUAAGUUGUUUCUUUUUUGUUUGUGUUUCUUUUGUUAUUAAUUUGGAGAAUAUUUCCAUCUUCAGAUUUUGAAGAUUAUAACUCAAGUCUGAAUUCCUGUUGGGACAUUUGAGAAAGUACAGCACAACCUUUCUCUUUUGCUUGUCGGUUACUUGGAUUUUUUCAUCCUUCAGUUUUUCUUUGGGGAAAGUUUCUCACCCAGACAGCCUUUCUCUGGAAGAAGGUGGGCUAAAUGGGGGAUUACUUGAUAUUCAAAGAACUGGAGUUGACAGGGACUGCAUAAAGCCCAAAUAUUGAAUCACUGUGACUUGUAAUAUGACAAUGAAUUUUGAAAUAGGACCUGCAAGUUGUGCUUGUAGACAGAGCCACAGCUAUGGGGGAGAAAUUUCUGCAGACUUCACAUGCUUAUGACAAAGUAAGCAAUAGUCAUACAAGCACAGGCAGGUGUCAGUGCUGCUUCUUUCUGUAGUCAUGCUUAUUUUUGUUUGUUCACAACAAGAUGUGACCAUGUGUGUUUGCACCAAUGCAAUCGCAUGUUGGUACUUAUCAGCACUUAAUUCACUAGCUGAUAGCAGUCCUGCAGUCUGGUUUACCUUUUUUUUUUUUUUUUAAAAAGAUUAAGCACAAAAGUGACUGAUUAGCAGAUGCUUCUCUGCUCAGUCAUCUUUCUAAAGCAACUGUUGGUGCACUAAUUAUUCACUGAAUAUGAAAUUGUAUUAAUCUCUAAGCUUAUUUAUAAUAGAAUGGAUCAUUUUUUAUGGAUAUUUUAUUCAAAAGAAAAGUGAAUCUCAAGAUUUAUUAUUUUUGUUAUUGUAUCCUGUGUCUGCCAUCAUGGUCUGACAGCUGUGAAAAAUCCCAAACCUCUUUGCUUGCUUGUCACAAACUCUAAACUUGGGACAAGUUUAUCUAAAGGUUUGCAAACCUUCCAUGUGAACCUUGGCUGAAUUCUGAGCAGACUGUAAUCUGAUUUAUCUGUUGUUUGCAUGGUUUUCAUUAGAGUUCUUUGAAUUUUUUUAACUGAAUCCUUUCUCUAAGGGAGUUGGGGGUAGGGGGCUGCCUGUCACUCAAGCUGUCUUUUUCCUUUCCUCUUGUGUUCUAGUGACAGGGGACAAGUGAUAAAAAUCAGUUUUUGGGAACUAAGCUCAAAUUUCUAGUUUAAUACUUCCUUUGAAAACCCCAGCAGAAGGUUUUUAUUAUUUUUUUUCUUGUUGAUGAAACUGUUGGAACCUUUUUUUGAACAGCACCGUUUAGUGUGCAAAUUUAUUUAAAAUACCUGGAUUUUCCUUAGCUGUAUUUUGUGUUAACCUACUUUAGUCAUGGCCCUAACUGAAACUCCAUGAUAGCAUUACGUGUAUGGAUUUGGUUUCAGUGGUGGUGUAGCUGCAAAUUGUCUUAGAGCUCAGAACUCAGAAAAACCUGGCUUGAAUACUGAUUAGGCAGAAAUAAUAUGUUUGCAAGGUUUCCUGCAAAACUGGAAGAUGAGACAAGAAGAUGAAGUGAAUAUGAUGUUUGCAUUUGACCCUUAAUGUAUUUUGUACUGUAUAUAUCUACCUCAAAAGAUAUUUAUUGGACUUAACCAAUACUUGUGUUGUGCGUGCACAGGAAUGACUGUGUCAUUGGUCCUCCUGCUGUAUUUAUUUGGAUAGAAACGAGAUGGUUGCAACUCAGGGCUUUGGUUAGACAUUUUUAAGUGCAAACUCAGCAGUUUCUCCAACAUACUUGCUGUUAGCUCUUGCCUCUUGAAAUAGAUAAUGGCAUGUUAGGUGUUAAGAGUGUUAGCAGAGGGAGAAGAAAUGGAAAACAGGUUUAGGAUUAAUGGUUAAGUAUGUGCGUGGGGAGAACAACAUUUCUGUAAGGUUGGCCUGUCUGAAGAGUCUCAUGUGUCAUUUCAGAGCAGUGCUUGGUGUUGUGCUUCUAAUGUGAGGAACCUGACAGUCUCAAGUAGUGAGUUGGGCUCUUGGCAGAUAACACUUGUCUGUGACAGGAUAUCUCCCAUGGAUAUUCUGGGCAGUGUUAAUGCUGGUGUUUCAAAUUGGUCCUAGGGUAGUCCUGAACCAUCCUAAGCAAUAUGAACUACCUUUCUUCUAUUCUGUUACACAGAGCAAAGCUACCCAUAUAACAGACUUUUCUCUCUGACACAACACCAAAACAUAUUCAGACUUCCUCAUGCUUUGAAAGAUGGAGCUCAUCUAGGCUUGGACUUCGGGCUGUGGACUCUUAUUUUGCAGCAUUACAAAAUUAAAAGGUGAGCUGGGCAGGAAGGGAGGAUCAAGGAGGUAGGGCAGUAGUUUGCAUCCAGUGCCCACGUGGAAGGUGUGGCAGUUUGGCCCAGUUUCGGGCAGUAGAGUGGAGCAGGUCUGGCAGCUGAGUGACAGUGGCUGCAGCUCAUGCUGAGACACUCAGACAAUAGUCUGACUCUGAGUGGUCUGUUCCUGAGGUCAGUGUGAGCAACUGAGACUGUGAGAUCAGGGCUGUGUGAGCUUGAGGAAAAUAAAGAUUGACACAAACACAGGAGAAAGCUAGGGGUUUUUGCUGUUGUUGUAGACAUACAUUUGGUGAAUACAGCGUUUUAGUCUUGCUCGUAUAUCCCCAAAGCAGUAGGGUUUACUUUUAAACAAUCUAGGUAGAAAACUCCCCCUGAAGAGUUGUUCUGACUUCUCUACUAUUUGGUAGGUGCUGGAAGAUGAAAAGCCAGGAAAAGAGCAGCUACUUGAGGCAAAGUACUUACUUGAAUUGCAUGUUCUUGAAUAAUUAUUCAUAUGGUUUGUUAUUAUAGAUUCAGAUUACUUAUAUAUUGUUUUUUGACCAUUCUUUCUCUUCCUAAUAUGCAACACAGAAUGCCAAGCACACUGAUGGCAUUCCUGUUCUCCUUGCACUGAUUGCUGCCAUGUGCAAUUCAAGGGCACAUUUGAGGCACAGUAGAUCUCUGUGUGUAUCCCUGAUGGGAAGUAGUAGGGAGAUAGUUGUUACAUGUGUGACUACUUAGCUUCUUACUGUGUCCUUGUAGGUGAAAACAGAAAAGGAGUCACUACUGGAUUUUGCAGACUGACAAUCUCUUGGCUUCUUACUUGGGAACUACUGUCCUAAUAUGUUGAACUGUGAAACUGGGAGUUAGUGUUUUCUUUUGUUAUUAAAAAAAUAAAAAUAAUAAAAAAAUCCUGCUGUUGAGUUUUAUCUCAAGAACUGAAGGGAUACCUGCGUGCAUGUGUUUUGCUGGGAUGGUGAGGAUCUUCCUGGAGACGGUGCUGGCGAGACAUGUUUCAGGGGUGCUGUGGGCAGUGAGAGAUGUGAGAUUGGGAGUCUUCUAGGGUUGCUUAGCCUGGAGAAAAGGAGGUUCAGGGGAGGCCUUAUUGCUCUCUACAACUACCUGAAAGGAGGUUGUAGUGAGGUGGGGGUUGGUCUCUUCUCCCAGGUAACAACUGACAGGACAAGAGGAAAUGGGCCUCAAGCUGCACCAGGGGAGGUUUAGAUCGGGUAUUAGGAAACAGUUCUUCACAGAAAGGGCUGUAAAAUGUGAGAACAGACUGAAUGGGGAAGUGGUGGAGUUGCCAUCCCUGGAAGAGUUUAAAAAGUGUGUGGAUAUGGCACUUGAGAACAUGGUUUAAUACUGAGCACAGCAGUGCUGCGCUGGACUUGUUGAUCUUGGAGGUCUUUUCCAACCUUGGUAAUUCUAUGAUUCUGUGAUUCAGAGCAGAAAUGCUGACUGCAAAAAGGCCCAUAUUCUGUUAAAUGGACUCUUUGGAGAAAACAAGAACAAUGAGAAAACACACUCUUUGCUUCCAACGCAUGCUGUCUUCCUGUCUUCUGGUGUGUUUGCACUGAGUUAGCGUGUUGGAGUUCACAAAACACCUAUGCUGUAAGGCUGAAGAAGUACUUGUGAGCAGGAACUUCUGGCUCAAACAGAAGUAAGGCUUCUGCCAAGAUGCUUAUCUUGUUCUCAUCUGGCUAAGCCUUUGGAAAUAGUUUCUUUGCAUACCUGUCUCAGGUGUCAGAGUUCAUUGCUGUAUCAUCUAGCAGUCCAGGGUUUAGGACUUCAGUAGAUAGAGGAUGUGGCCAUUUUGAUUUAAAAUUGGGUUACCCGUGGAAGUCUAGAGAGCAUAUGGGACUUGAGAUUCACUUGACUUUGCAGUAUGUCAUAUGAAGUCCAUAUGAAGUUUUAGUAAGACUUUUGUCUUGAUUUCAACAUAUUGUUACCAAUCCCUAAUAAGCAAUUUUUUUGAUCAGAGGACCACUGUUGGGGACAAAACUUCAGGCAAAUUUUCAGUGGUUGUUUAAGCACAGAGAAAUUGUCUAAUGUGAGGAACAGAACUGACCCAAAACUUCAUUUAAAGUUCAGAUCGGUUCAAAAUGCAGUUCUUUUUGGCAGUGGAAAAUAAGAUUUUUUUUUUAUUAUUAUUUUUAUUUUGCUUUUCUCUCUGACAAAUUCUUAUUCCAGCCUUGGUUUUUAACUCAACAGAUGAAUAAAAGAGCCAGAGCAUAUGGUGAAGAGCAAAUACAUUUUAUGCUAAGGACACAUAUGUAGUACUAACUGUGGCAAGAGUAUAGUGAUUUACUUAAUCACACCUUUAAUGGUAAUCCUAUUAGCUCUUUGUUUUAGGUUGUUAAAUCAGUCUCUAUUUCGUAUUAAAAAUAAUCAGUCCUACUAAAUCAGUAUGUCUGUCCUGUUAAAGUGUUUACUUCCAUUAGCAUAUUUAUUUCUCUGCAAGUCUAAUCAAGUAAACUUUUAAUUGUAGCGACUGGAAUAGGAAUGUCAGCUUUAGAACUGUGCUGAAUCUGAUUACAUAAAUAUUCAGAAAUAUAAAAUAUAUUGUGUUGUCCAUUGAAACAGUACUUCUCUUACCCCCGACAGAUCUGUGAUAUCUCACCUACAUUGAACUGCAGUGUAUUCUUAAUUUUGAAAAAAGUAUUGAUCAGUACAUCCUCUAUAACAAUAAUUUUGAUGGUUCUUGGAUUUUUCUUAAUGUUAAAUGUAUUUUGCAGAUGGAUUUUUUCUUUUAUUUAUUUAUCUGUGGGAAAGGGCAGAAGGGCCAGGUGAAUUUUUAUUUUGUGAAGUUUCUGUUCUCUUUCGUGGUAGUUUGUGCUUGAUCCAUCCGUCCAAUAUUGUUUUGUGAAACCAGGAUGCCUCAUCUGAACUGCAGAUAAACUUGGGGUUCACAUCUGUUUCUUUCUGCUUUAAAUUGUUGGGGGUUUUAAUCCUGAAAAUAAAAAGUACAGCAUGAGCUAA